AUGGCUGUCCUCCUUAACUUGCCGGACGAGCUGCUACUCCAAAUCGCCAAUGACGUCCGCUCCAAAGACGGCAUCCGUGGGAAGGAUAUUUUGCGCCUCUGUCUUGCCAGCCGCCGACUCCGCACGGUCGCCCAGGAAGUCACUUAUGCUCACCCAUCCUUUGCGGAUGCCACCGCACUCCGACCAGACCAAUCCUCCCGUCCAGUGUACCUGCUGGCUCGCACACUCCUAGAGUGUCGCGACCUUGCGAAAUUCGUCCGCGCGAUUGAUAUUGUCGUCGUCUCUACGGAACGCACUCCAGUCAGCGAUGCGACAGUACGAAUGUCCCAGAAACUGUUGGAAGGUCUAGGGCUAGCCAGCUCAAAUGGAAUGAACGCUCUCCGCAGCGGCAGGCCCGACGUAUGGGCGGGGAUUGUUCUCGCCGCGGUGCCGAAUCUACGGCAUCUGGAUCUCAAACUAUACGGGUGCAGGGAUUUCGAUACCGGAUACCUUGUCACCAAUCGUUUUAAUCCCGCGCAAUGGUUCACGUACCAACCCGACUUCGAUGCUAAAACGGUGCCAGGUCUGGCCAAUCUGACCUCCAUACGAUCAAGCGGCGUCCUGACUCCUUCAGUCUUCAACCUGCCAAAUCUACAAGAAGCGCACUUUGCGGAAUGCUCGGUGUCUCUCGAUGUACGGUCCGUGGCUCCGUUAGCAAGUUCUAUCACACGCCUCACCAUCAACGUGGGUAUUGCAGCGCUGCAGACUCGUGCGCUUUUCCAGCAAACCCAGAAUAUGCUCGGGGGCCAGGAAUACUCGGAAACACUCCUGCCGCGCCUCACCGGGUUGAAGCACUUGUCCAUAAAUCUCACCACCGAGUCAAUGCGGUACGGAGCUACUCACUUCCACUUACUUCAUCACUCCUACACCGAAAUUACGGCCGGUCUCGGGAGCACCAGUCUUGAAACACUAGUCAUCGACACUGAGGAAGUUGAAGCACUAGCCAGUACAGCAGCAGGCGGCAAUGCGUGCCGUUUGCUCAACGCGAUACAACCGGCCCAAUCUCUUGCACGCCUCCCGAACCUCCGGCGUGUUACUGCGCCCCAGGAACUAUUUGGUCGAUUUCCGGUAGAUAGCAUGCAGAAACAUGUGCACGACGUUUGUUUGCUUCCACACGGGGUCGAAGAAGUCGCCAUACUCUACACGACGAAAGUCAUACAUCCCGACGAUAUCCUUGGCCUGCUCAAGCGGAAGAUGGCACUUCCCGCGCUGACGAAAGCUACCAUUACGCGCAGCAAUCGGCUUGAAAAACACCAAUUCUAG